AGAAGAAACGCGUCCAAAUAUAGAAACAUACAAAUGGCACAUGUUUCUUUUUUUAGUGCACGGAAAAGGUCAUUCGAGCAUUUGCUUUCCGCGCACUCACAAUUGCUAUUCGUACCAACCGAUACGUUUGUUUUUUUGAUUUUUUUAUCUUUGUGAGGUUUGAUGUGUUUUUAUUUUUGUCACUACAUUUUUUAUCAAACAAUGCUGUUAGACAAAAGGAAACAUGCUUGAAAGAUUUAAGGAAGAAAAAAUAAAAACGCGUUUUUUUACAAAUUCCGUCGUAUGAAAAUGUAUGUUUCUUUUAUACACGGUCAGGUUGAAUAUCAAUUAUAUGAUAUUUUCGAAUUGAAAUAAAAUACGCUUUGAAGAAAGCUUUGACGUGGCUGUUUGCAAGGAAGAAUUGGCGCAGGUAGUCAGUGGAGAUGAGAUAGACAAGGAGUAUGAAAAAUAUAUGACUAAAAAGUCUGAAAAAUGUGGACAAGACAGAAAAACUCGCAAACUACGCCACAAAAGGAAGCUAACAAGCUCGGAUAGUAGCUCUGAUACAUCUGAAUCUGAGUCGGAUACAAAUCCAAAAGAAGCUGCCAAAAUUGAGUAUCCAUCUGUACCUCAGCUUCAAACUUCUGUCAAUUCUGCAAAGUCAAACAACGGUGAUUCUGAAAAUAGAAUGCUCACUCCAUCCAAACGUUUGAAGUUUAAGCCUUCCGUGGAAAAUUAUAGUACUACUAAAAAUGAUCAGAAAACUGAAGUUGAGGUUAAAGAAAAAAGUGAGGCAUUUAGUUUAGAAUAUGACGAAAUUGAAAAGGAAUUGAAUAAAAAUGAAGAAUUCUGUGAUUUCUCGGACGAAGAGAACAAGUCAUUAGAUUUAGACAAGCAGGAUCUCAAACGUGCUGGUGAAAAUAGAAUUUCUGAUGUUUCUGAUGAUUUUAAGGAUAAUGAUGAAAAAUUAGUUGAAGAAUGCCAAAACCAUGAAGAAGAAAAUGCUGAAGGAUUUGCUAUUAUAUUAUUACAAAAUUUUACUCAACCAAUUCUUGUACCGUCCAAAUGGCAGAGCUUGGAUUUUAAGUAUUGCUACUGGCCUCCAGAAGGUACGGUAAAUAUAAUCAAAGAGUACGUAGCGAAAAAAGUGGGUCCUAGGAUGAAUUGGAGGAAAAUCGAUGUUCUGGAAAAUUAUACAUAUGAAGAAACUUACGCAAAAGGUAUGAAGACUUUACUCAUUGCACAAAAAGUUCAUGAAAAAAAAUUGAAUAAGACAGUUAAACCACGUAUAAAAAGUAUUGUUACUGUUCCGGGAAGUCAUGAAAAAAAGACUACUCCAUCUCAAGCAGAAUUCGACAAGCUAACUGAACGAGAAUUGUUAACAGUUCUUUUUGAUCAGUUGGAAUCAGUAAAUAAUAAACAAAACAAAAUAUUGACUGAAAUUCAGAAUUCUCCAAACGUUUCCAAUAACCACGUAUCUGUUGUCAAUUAAAAAAUUGAAGAAAUCUAUGAAGACAUACCCUGUAAAACUUCAGCAGAGCUCGCAAUAUUAGAAUCAAAAUUGGAUCAAGAUAAAGAGUACAAGGCUGCUUUCAAAAAGCACAUGAAGUCUUUGUCCAGUAUUGGUGGCCAUCACUUAAUGCAGCAAAUGCUCAAUGCAGUCAUGACAACUAGACUUAUGACAGAAUUCAACUUUUGUGGGAAAAAAGUACCAGACGAAAAUAAGGAUAAGCAAAAAGUAGCCUUGAAGGAUUUAUUUGUAUGGCCUGUGCUAAAAAAGGCAGCUACUGAAAAAUUUUAUGAAAAAUAUUCAGAGUCGGACACAAUAGCAAGUGCCAUGGAUUGGCUUAAAAAUGCACCAAAAAGAUUAAAGCGACUCAAUAACAAAACAGCAAAACCGAAAUCUCUGAAAGAUUUGUGCAAAUCAGGAAAGGUAUAAGAAAGUAGCAGCGACCACAUGAAGAUUUCGCUAAUUGAAUAUUAUUAUUCGCUAAUUGAAUAUUAUUAUUAUUAUUUAUAACAUUUUUCAUAGCUGAAUUUAUUGGAUGGCUGUGAUAGGAUCAUAUUGGUUAAUGAAAACAGGGGUCGACAUUAGGUGGUAAAUGUUGUCGACAUUGGAAACGGUCCUUCACUGUCACAUAGUUUUUUAACAUAAGAAAAUAAUAGCAAUGAAAAGUUGAUGUUGUAGGUUAGGAGGUUUUUUCGUGCAAACUUUUGUACAAUAUAUAGCUGAAUCUGCUAUAAAUUUCAUGAUAAAUUGAUAUAUAUUUUUUAACUGUCUUCAUUUUAAAAGUUUGAACUGAACCAUAUUGAAAUUUGAGCUGGAAAACGACUUCUUAAAUUGUUGAUAGUUUUGAUCUAAUUAUUACAUGCGAAAUUGAAAUAAUUUAUUAUAGAUAUAAAAUCAUAAAAAAAUUUUUAGUGUAUUUCGAGAAAUGAUCUGAAGACUCGUUAUGAGCUAUAAGUAUUUUUUGAAAAUUGUCAUUUCUGUAAUAUUUCAAACGAUUGAAGACAAAAAAAAUUAAAUCAUUAGAAAAAUCUUUCCUAAUGAACAAAAAAGUCGUAAAAAUUUUGUAUUGCGUUGGCGAGUAGUUACUAAGUUUUAGAUCCUACCAUUAGAUACCAAAAUGUCAAUGUAUAAAAUCUUACUUAAAAAAAGAUGCAAAGUUACCGAUCAAAUCCUGUUUUAUCUUGCUCCUUUUCCGUGAGGCAAAGUUGAACAAUUGAAAAUACUUGUACGUAUAUGAAAUAAUGUAACAGUCGAUUGGUUAAAAUAGUUUAUAAAAAUGUCAGCGUAAAAACCAAAUGUGUUUUCUAGAUUAAGUAGAUUAUUGUGUAGUUUGGUACCUUGCGAAAUACUAUGUAUAAAUUGGUACAAAUUUAUAAGUAUUUGUAAAAAUUAAUAAAG